AUGCAUCCGCAGAAUCCGUAUCACAAUAUGGCAAUGCAGCAGCAACAACAGCAGCGCAUGGGUAGGAUGCCCGGUGGCCCCCCCGGCCCGUACGGCGCCAUGCCAGGCUAUUUUGGCGUCCCUGGUCCCGGCCCUGCGGGCUUCUACCCUCCGCAACAACCUUCUAUGCCGCCGGGCAUGAGCGCAUACAACACCAGUGUCUUAAACAACCCGAUGGGGACAAGCUUCUUGGGUCCCGCCGGGUGCGGUCCCUUCGCUCCGCGUGCACCGAUGGGAGACCUGAGCCAGCGAGGCAGCAUCCUGCUUGGAAAUCCAGGGUCACGUGGCAGUUUCUCCAACACUGGUGCCCCGUACGGAAGUUUAUAUGGAUCAAAUGCCUUUGCAGGUAGCUUUCAGAACGGGCCGUACGGCAGUUAUCAGGGAGGGCUUAUGUCCACUGGGCGGAUGGGCAGUGGGUUUGAGCGGUCAGGCAGCUUUCAGGCACCAGGCAGCAACUACUCUGGCUUUGGCUCCGCAUAUGGCUACCCGUACGCCAGAACAGCCUCGUCUGGAGCUGCUUCCUCUAAUCCCGUACUGCAGCGGGUGAGUAGUGGUAUGAACUUUGAUCUCAGCUUUCACUCGAACGCGUCGCAGCAGAGCUACAAUAACGGCAUUACAGGGAUUGGCCAAAAACCCUCGGAAACGAGCCUGCUCGAUUUACCGGCGCUCCAAAAUCCCCAACAUGAUGGUGGCUUGAUGCGUUACAACAGCAUGACGCUGGCACGAACAAACUCCACAUUGAACGGUUUCUACAACUUUGGUCCUGAGGCGCAGAUGAAUGGCGCGCGGAGAUUGGCCCCAGGGCGUCUGGCAGGCCGACCGAGUGCCCCGCCGCAGUGGCCAACUGGUGGGGCCGUUUCUACCAUCUCAGCUCCUCCGCAGAACAACACUGUGGCUCGGCCUGCCCGACCACCGGAGCCGUCAUCGAGCAAUGCCCCCUCCAGCGGUAAUGGUGAAUUAACGCGCAAAGGUAGUGAGAAACGGAUUGGUAUGUACUUCAAGGAUGUUCAGCCAACACAGAAUGGCGAGUACAAGAAGGAUGGUGAUCCAGGGACAAGCAGGAAAACACGCACCUCGGAUCCUGCCACGAUGACACGCGUGCGUACCAUUGUACUCCUCGAGAAGAAUGGUGGUAAUAACAUUGAAGUGGAUGGUUCCACGGCAAUCAUGAAAAAGCCCAACAGUGAUGAAUUACAAAAAUACGAUACCAAUGCGAUUUUGCUCACGUCCUUAGAUGAUCCUGAGGUAUUUAUUGAGGGAUUGGAGGAGCUGCGCGAUACGUUCCUGAUGGGGUGCAACGUCAGUCUCGUGAUGGCGGACUCCAACUGCCCCGCCCACAUCCCGUCAAAUUGGUUCACGUGGAACGGGCUGAGGCGGUUGAUGAAAGAGUGUUUUGCAAAGAUGUCCAGCCGCUCCGAGCUCAGCGUGUCGGUGUCACUGCUAGAGGAUGACCAGGUCAAGGACCUCUUGGAUAAGCAUCCGCGCUUCUUCUCGCUCAGCGUGGCACAGUCACCGCUGUUUGGCAACGUGCCGCACGGCACCAUCUACCAAGUCGUCGUUGACGCGUCGGAGUUCGAUGAGCUGCUGGAUCUCGCGCUCUCGCGGGCUAACGGACGUGAGGGGGAGGAACGCGGCAUUGUCCUCGUCUCGGCGGUCCUGAAACAGAUCCGCACCAAUACCCCACACACGAAGGGCGACGAGGAGGACAUCGUGCUGUCCUCCCUCUUCGCCUCCGGUGUAGGCGAUGGCAUCAUCCACUACACGCGCAUCCUCGACAAGAACCCCGCUGAGCCGCGCGCCCUGUUUCAGUUCGCGCUCGGUGGCCCGGCCAUGACGGCGGCCGUGAUGUCCAUCGCUGACGGGCCUGACAAUGGGGCAACAGUCACUCAGUUCAUGGCGACGCUGCACAGGCUCGGUGAGAUAGAGAACUACCGCCUGCGGCUCGGCAGUGUGCGCCGCUUCAUCACAUACACGAAUGAUACGAUACCCAAGACGAAGAGGCGGCUGGGUGAGAUGUCAGAGGGGCGNGAGAAGGAGGCAACGAAGCGGUCGCUCGCACGACUGGAGCUGAUGGUCAAGGACGCGGAGGCGAUGCUGGAAUCACCAGAAAAUGCAGAGGCCAAGACGUAUAUACGACAUUAA